ACUUUCAAAAUGACAUCCGAAACAGAACCAGCAUGUCAAAUAUUUUCUUUUCAGGACUACAAGUCAUCUCCCGACCCCAUUUACGAGAUUGCAGCUGGAUGUUUAGUCCCAUCACCUGUCCCUAUAGUCAUAGAUAAUGGCUCUUUCCAAACGCGGGCUGGUUGGGCGUGUAAAGGCGAAGAACCGGGUGCACCGCGACUGCUGUUUAAAUCCGUGGCGGCGAGAAGCAGAGGUGCCGCGCGCAGUGAAACUCAGAUCGGCAAUGACAUAUCCAAUCUGGAACCUUUGCGGUGGCUACUGAAAAGCCAGUUUGACCGAAACGUUGUAGUCAACUUCGAGAUACAAGAACUCAUGUUUGAUUACGUAUUCACACAUCUUGGAAUUGGCUCGGAGGGCGGCGUGGAGCACCCCAUUGUGUUGACGGAAGCCCCGUGCAACCCGCUGCACUGUCGCCAGAUGAUGUCGGAGCUGCUGUUUGAGUGUUACCGAGUUCCAAGCGUAUCCUACGGCGUGGACAGCUUGUACAGCUUCUCCUACAACAACGCUCAGCACAGCUUCCCUCCCCCACAUACCGGCAUCAUCCUGUCCUCAGGUUACCACUGCUCCCAUGUCCUGCCUGUCAUCAACGGAAGGCUGGAUGCGGGGAACUGCAAGCGUGUGAACGUGGGGGGGUUUCAUGCCUCGUCCUACCUGCAGCGUCUCCUUCAGCUCAAGUACCCAGGCCACCUAGCAGCCAUCACCCUCAGCCGCAUGGAGGAGCUGCUGCAUGAGCACAGCUACACUGCCACAGACUACCACCAGGAGUUGGAGAAGUGGCGCAGCCCAGAGUUCUAUGAGCGGGAGGUGCACCGUAUACAGCUGCCCUUCUCAGCCAAGGUGCUAGGGGGCGCUGUGAGUGUGGAGGAGCGCCAGGAGAGGAGGGCCCAGCAGCUGAGGAGGUUGCAGGAGAUUAACACCCGCCGCCGAGAGGAGAAGCUCCAGCAAGACCAACAACGCCUGGAUAAACUUCUGGCCAUACAGGAGUUACUGGAGGAUGGUCUCCUGGAUCAGUUCCAUAAGAGGCUGGUGGAGCUAAACAUGGACUCGGCAGAGGAACUGCAGUCGUACAUCUCCAAGCUGGGCGUGGCUGUGGAGCAGGGCAGGCAUAGGCUCCUGCACAGUGAGGGGGCCGAGGGCAAGACUGAGGUGUCAGAGCUGGAGCAUCCAAUGGAGGAAGGGGAGGUUGUGGGCGAGGCAGAGCCAGACUUCAGUGAGGAGAACACAGAGACGGAGAAGUCGGUCAGCCUAGCACAGCCGGUGUUCAACAUGGCAGAGUACCACCAGCUGUUUGUGGGCACGGAGCGACUGCGUGUCCCUGAAAUCCUCUUUCAGCCGUCCCUCACUGGAGAGGAGCAGAUGGGCUUGAUGGAGACCCUGGAAUAUGUGCUGAGCAGGUAUACUCCAGGGCAACAGGAGGCACUGGUGAGCAAUGUGUUCCUGACAGGAGGGAACCUGCUGUACCCAGGCAUGAAGGAAAGGGUGGAGAGAGAGCUUCUGGCCCUCAGGCCCUUUCAGUCACACUUUCAGGUGACCAUGGCGUCACGGCCAGCCCUGGAUGCCUGGUACGGUGCCUGCGACUGGGCCCUGCAGCACCCCCCUGGAGGGGUGGGAGGGGAGGGGGAGGGCUGGAUCACCAGACAGGACUACGAGGAGAAGGGAGGGGAGUACCUGAGCGAACACUCCGCAUCCAACAUCUUCAUCCCAAUGCCGAUUGCCAAGCCCACCCCUCGACCUGCCGAAGCACUGUCGGCGCCCGUUCCCACGGCGACGCCCGCAGUGGCUUCACCCAGUGCUGUGGCGUCCUCCAUAGAGGCAUCUGUCACCCUCACGGCUCAGUACUGAGCUGCUCUCUUCUGCGGGUUUAUUUGUGUCGUAGCCCCAUGGUAUAUGGACCUGCUCUACAGUGUUCCCAACACAUGGAGGGGAUUCACUGGUAUUAGUACCUGUCUAGUUCAUACAGGUUUAAUCCCCACUGUACACAAACACAUGUUUGUGUUUGUUUAUAUCUUGUUUGGAUGCAGAGCAGCACUAGUGCUAACGGAUCAAUAGGGACCACUCAUAUUGAAUGGUUACUACUGUCAUGAUUGGUCCAAGGUGCAAGAUAUAGGCAGUGCUACUGGUUGUUGCUGAUCGCCUGUUAAACAUUUUAUAUUUGAUCAUGUAAAUACUGAAGGGUUUUUAUUUGUAGAGAUGAUUCGUAUCGAAGAGCAUCGACAGGCUCAUGAUAUGUUGAAGUUUAGCUGAUGAUUUCAUCAGAAUGUGAACUCCUCAAACUGGUUUUUCAUCUGAAACAUGAGGAUAAAAGAAUAUUGUGUGAUGGGUGACCCUGUCCAACUUCUCAACAAUGUACCAUAGAUGUUGAAAUGACAUGUGAAUGUAUAGACCACAUGAUGUAUUUCAUUUCCAAUGAAAAAACUAAUUGUACCACUAGGUGGCAUGAUUCUAACAGCUCAUCAUGGAUGCAUGGAUCAGGAAGGUGCAGACUAGGUAGCUAGUUCUGAUAUGUUGGCAAGCUAUACAUUAGCUUGGCUGCAGGUAACAUAAGAUUUGUCCACAUGGGUGGUGUGCUUUACCAUCCUGUCUAUUGCUGUUACUCACUGUAGGCCUUACAGUUUAAGUAUUUUGGGCAAGGUAUUUUGAGAAAGCAGCAGUGGCAAAGUUGGACCCAGUCUAAUCUGAGGGAUUUGGAUAAACAGGUCAACAGUUGUGCCUAAUCCCCACAUGGCCUGGUAUGUUGUCUGAGAACCAACCAAAUGUAAGUGAGGUAGUUUGUUGUAGGUUUGGGGGGGUAGUUUGGUGGAGGAAGGGUGGAGUUGGAUGAAGGUGUGUGUGGGGGGGUAGUUUGAAGGAGGAGGGGUUGAUGGGGUGCAGCUGCAUUGACCUCAUCCCCUUGAGCAGUGGCAGUAGGUCAGAGUUCCCUGCUGAGAAGUGAUGCUCUCUGGCAGACACCCUGUCUGCCUGUAGGGCUGGAGUCGCAUGCACUUAUUGUGAUUAAGAGGAGACCAGCAUGCUGAUCAAUGUCAGGGUCCACUGGUUUAUACCUUCUCUGUCACCUAACUGCGAAUGAGCUCAUUGUCUUUCAUCUCAUUGACUUCACUGACAAUACCCUCAAAAGUGUGAGGGGAGAUAACUGUGCUAUAAAAUAUAAAGGACUACUGAUAAAGUCACUCCAACUUGUCCUCCAUGUCUCUGGGUGUCGGUAGCCUUUCCUCAGGGAAAGCAUUUUGAGUUGGGGGUGCUGAAGGUCAGAGGUAGAGAGCGGGGCUACCUUACCCAAGUGGGGUUUGGACUAAAGUUUAAAAAUGAUGCUGGGUUAUGUCAAGCCUGCUUGACAAGGUGCUUCAACAUCUUGCCUGUUGGGCACUAGAGUACAAUCCCCGUCUUACACUAAACCCAAAAUGUCCCAAUCUAAAUAAACAUUUUAAUAACAUGUUUAUUUGAUUGCCAUUGCAGUUAAACAAUACACCCCUCCCCCAACCCCCCUACACACACAUAUCUCCACCCACCCCCUGUGGCUCUGGCCUCUAUUGUGGUGCCUUCUUGCUCCCUCACCUCUCCUUUCAAGUGUCAAAUCCUCUAUUGUGACCGAGCCUGUCUGAGGACAGGACUGAGCCUGCCCUGACUGAAGGAAUUGCAGGCCUGUCUACCCCAAACACAACUAACAUUUACAUUCUUACAUUCACCCCAACCAAACCCUAAAAACAAUAUACACUGAUACAUUUACAGUUUACACAGACCUGUAUGGGUACUACUGUGCAUAAUGUCAAGAGAUCCAAGACUAAGUACAGUAUGACAAAUGGAUUUUUGAAUGCUACAGUGUACAUGAUUCAGAAGAAAGAACUGCCAGAUAGUUAUUAGGCUCUGUAGUAGACACUGUAGCAUUGCCUUUUGCUUCUUGUCAACAGUGUAAAAAAAGUUAGGGCUGCUUGAUGGAGACUAGCAGCCUCUGUGGAUGAUAGACCUUAGCCCCAGAGCCUGUGUUCAGCCAAGCACUGUCUCUCCAUAGGGCUUUCCAGGGGUGAGAGGUCAGAAACAGACCCCUCAGUGUCCAGGCUAGUACAGCUGCCGAGCGCAUGCCAAAAUCAACAACUCCGUCAUCGUUCCAGAGACAAAACCCAGCAGGAGUAGCUCGGCAGCUGUAAUGCUGCCGCUGCAUAACGGCUUUGUCACUGUUGUGGAAAACCAGGAUGGGCAUCAAAACAGCUAUUUAGAGCGAUGCUUGGUCAUGGUUGUGCUAUAGACUUCCCUACUGACUGAGUGCAGCGGUUAUCUGGUAUUGGCAAUGUCCUUAUCAUGCAGCGGAUCCUGCAGGUGUGUGCUUUCGCCUGGAGCAGAACAACCUUGUCCGGGUUUCCCAGAUUUGUUAAGAAGUUCUUA